AUGCAGAAGUGUAGUGAAGACGCUGGAGCGGCGGCCAUUAACCUCAGCGCAUCUCAAUCUGCAGCAGCAAUGGCGGAGUAUAGAUCAGUCCACAACCACACAGGUGUGUGUCCUCCUCUGGCGUCUCCUGCACUCGGCACACUGCAGCAGGUGUCUGGAGAUGGGCUCAGAGUGGGCUCUGUUUUCAUUCUGCACUGUCCGGUCAGACACCAAGCGAUGAGCGGUGGUCAGAUCUCCUGUGUGUGGAGCCAAGAGGACAACAGCACACACUGGAGCGGAGGAACACCGCACUGCAGACCUCUGCCCCAUAUCGAUGACAAGGGCUUUCGUUUAGCUCUGCUGCUGGCCUUCAUCAGCUGCGCCAUCAUCCUCUUAAUGAGCAUCAUCUUCAUCACCUCCUGUCUGCGGGGAUGUGUCAAACGAGAGGAGAGGAGGAGGAUGGAGAGAGCCAGAAAAACGGAGUUAUGGCAACAGCUGAACAUUGCGGAGGCCGAGAUGCAGAGAGAGAUGCUGCACAACCAGAAGAACACAAACAACAACAAUCACAACAACAACAACAUCAACAACAACCACAACUGUAAUAACAUCAACAACAAUAACAGCAGGAGUGACAGAGCAAAACAGCACACAGGAGUCCUCAGCACCCCACACACAUGUGUCCAGCUCCACCCAUGUCAGUGUUCUGUGAUUCUCCAUCCUCCGUCUGACUGUUCGCUGGUCUGUCGGCCGCUGCUUCAGGAUCCGAUCUGGAACACACAAACAACACACACACACACACACACAGCGCUCCGCAUGAGCAGCACAGAUGCUGACCAGCACUCCUCAUCCAACAGAUGAAUCCUCAACUGAGCAUUCUGUACAUGAGCUCUUCUGUUUGAAUGAUUGUUUCUUCAAUAAUUGUGUGUUAUUGUUGAAUUAUUGCACUGGACACUGGCCAGUAUGGAGUAUGAAUUUAAAGUAUUCUGGCCAGUUGUGAAUGUUCAUCAUGUGUGAUUUGCCUCUUGUGCCGAUGUGAAUGUUUGCAGAUGAGUUAAGUAUUAAUCAGUGUGUAUCAAUAAUGACCCAGAACAGAGCAGUGCGGUAUUAGCACACAGUGAACAUGUUUACAGAGAGUUGAGGAGCGUCAUCUGGACUCAAUCAUCAGAAUUAUGACAAUAGCAAAACUCAAAUGAGUGCAUUUUUGUACAGAUGUAGUCAAGCAGGCUAUGUCAACUGAGCUAAAUGCAGCCACUUAGGUUAGGUGAGCCCAUUAAAAAGCAUUGGAUGCAGCUCAGAUUGCACUGCACCAGGUCUGCAUCCACACCCCUCUCCUUUAUUUUGAUGGUCCGUUUGUUGAAUUUAAGUUACAUUGGGUCAACAUGCCAACUAAUUCUCGUGAGAUUAUAAGUAGACUGUUAGGUUAGGGUUAGUGUAAAUUGACAUGACCGUGCAGUUUCUUAGAACCAGAUAUUAAGCAGACUACUAAUACUCAAGUGGACUAUCAAAAUAAAGUGUUACCAAAUGUAAACCCCAUUUCAGCAUAUUCAAACAAGAAGUAUUAGCCUAAAGAGUGAUGUUUAAACUCCUAGAAUUUAUACUUAUUGCUUUGUAUUCAUUUGUGUGUUUGUAUUACCCGCUCGUUUCCCCUUAUUUCUCUCAUGCUAUAUUUAACUCCUUUAUUGUUUACAAAUGAACUAUAGUUUGCAGAGACUGUAUUCUGUUUUAUUU